AACCCUUCGUAGUCUGUUCACAGAGUCACUCGGCAAGCCGAAAAGAGACGAACGGGGGCGAUGGACCGCUGCUGGACUCUGAAGAGUCAGAAACAUAACUUUGUCAAACAGAGAACGCAACGUUGGAGAAAAUAGAGCGGAUACUUUUGCUCCAACUUCACGUGAGAGAGGUGGUGGUGUGGUUGCCAUGGUGGAUAAAAUGUCAAGUUUCCUGCACAUUGGGGACGUAUGCUCCCUUUAUGCAGAAGGCUCGACCAGUGGCUUCAUAAGCACACUAGGGUUGGUUGAUGACCGAUGUGUUGUCCAACCAGACGCAGGGGACCUGAACAACCCACCCAAAAAGUUCAGGGACUGUCUGUUCAGACUAUGUCCGAUGAACAGAUAUUCGGCACAGAAACAGUUCUGGAAAGCUGCCAAACCUGGAGGAACCAGCACCACAGAUACAGUUCUCCUCAACAAACUCCAUCAUGCUGCUGAUUUAGAGAAGAAACAAAAUGACUCUGAAAAUAAAAAGCUUCUGGGAACAGUUAUUCAGUACGGCAAUGUCAUCCAGCUUCUUCAUCUAAAAAGCAAUAAAUAUCUGACGGUGAAUAAGCGCUUGCCGGCUCUCCUGGAGAAAAAUGCCAUGCGUGUGACACUGGAUGCUGCUGGAAAUGAAGGUUCCUGGUUUUACAUUCAGCCCUUCUACAAGCUCCGCUCUAUAGGAGACAAUGUGGUCAUCGGAGAUAAGGUUGUAUUAAAUCCUGUCAACGCUGGACAGCCGCUUCAUGCCAGUAGCCAUCAGCUUGUAGAUAAUCCAGGGUGCAAUGAGGUAAAUUCAGUGAACUGCACCACAAGUUGGAAAAUUGUUCUCUUCAUGAAAUGGAGUGACAACCAGGAGGUUGUCUUGAAAGGUGGUGACGUGGUGAGGCUCUUUCACGCCGAGCAGGAGAAAUUUCUGACGUGCGACGAACACAGAAAAAAACAGUACGUCUUCCUGCGCACCACCGGACGGCAGUCCGCGACAUCUGCCACCAGCAGCAAAGCACUAUGGGAGGUGGAGGUUGUUCAGCAUGAUCCCUGCAGAGGUGGGGCGGGCUACUGGAACAGUCUCUUCAGGUUUAAACACCUGGCGACCGGCCAUUACCUUGCCGCAGAGCUGGACUCCGAGCAGGAAGUGAUGCGGGCACGUCCCCGUAACCCACAAGAUAAGGUUAUGUACACGCUAGUUUCUGUUCCUGAUGGCAAUGAUAUCUCGUCUAUCUUUGAGCUGGACCCCACCACUCUGAGAGGGGGAGACUCACUUGUACCGAGAAACUCGUACGUUCGACUCCGGCAUCUUUGCACAAAUACAUGGGUCCAUAGCACCAACCAGCCAAUAGACAAAGACGAAGAGAAACCAGUCAUGCUAAGAAUAGGAACAUCUCCUCUGAAAGAGGAUAAAGAGGCGUUUGCCAUAGUGCCAGUGUCUCCAGCAGAGGUCAGAGAUCUGGAUUUUGCCAAUGAUGCCAGUAAAGUAUUAGCUUCAAUUGCCGCUAAACUUGAGAAGGGCACCAUAACCCAAAAUGAGAGGAGGUCAGUGACGAAGUUGCUGGAGGAUCUGGUAUAUUUUGUGGUGGACAUUCCCAGCAGUGCUCAAGAUGUGCUGGAGAUCACAGUCAACAAGCCAAACAGAGAGCGACAGAAACUCAUGAGAGAGCAGAACAUACUUAAACAGAUAUUCAAGCUGUUGCAGGCCCCAUUCACUGACAGUGGGGAUGGUCCUAUGCUACGAUUGGAUGAGCUUGCCGACCAACGCCACGCCCCCUUCCGCCACAUUUGUCGCCUUUGCUAUAGAGUCCUGCGUCAUUCACAGCAGGACUAUCGCAAAAAUCAGGAGUACAUAGCAAAACAGUUUCGCUUUAUGCAGAAGCAGAUCGGAUAUGAUGUGCUUGCUGAAGACACAAUCACAGCCCUUCUGCACAACAACAGAAAGCUUCUGGAGAAACACAUCACAGCAGCUGAGAUAGAUACAUUUGUCAGCUUGGUACGCAAGAACAGAGAGCCAAGAUUCCUGGACUACUUAUCAGAUCUGUGUGUGUCCAUGAAUAAGUCCAUCCCGGUUACCCAAGAGCUCAUCUGUAAUGCUGUGCUGGAUCCAGCCAAUGCAGACAUCCUCAUUGACACCAAGCUGGUGCUGUCGCGAUUCGAAGUGGCAGGAGCAGUGCUCGGUGAGACCGCUGAGGAAGAAGAGGAAGACGAAGAGGAGGUCUGGCUGUUCUGGAAAGACAGCAGAGGAGAGGUGAAGAGCAAAAGCAUAAGAGAACUGGCACAAGAUGCCAAAGAAGGACAAAAAGAAGACCAUGAAGUUAUUAAUUAUUACAGGUAUCAGCUGAAUUUAUUUGCACGGAUGUGUCUGGAUCGACAGUAUUUGGCCAUUAACAAGAUUUCGGCACAGCUGGAUGUGGAUUUAAUCCUGCGCUGCAUGUCAGACGAAGAUUUGCCCUUUGACCUCAGAGCUUCUUUCUGCCGUAUGAUGCUGCACAUGCAUGUAGACCGUGACCCUCAGGAACAGGUGACGCCUGUCAAAUAUGCUCGACUGUGGUCUGAAAUCCCUUCACAAAUUGCCAUUGAUGAUUACGAUAAUGAUGGAACAUCACGUGAUGAGGUGAAGGAGCGCUUCUCACAGACGAUGGAGUUUGUGGAGAAUUACCUGCGGGAUGUUGUGUGCCAGAGUUUUCCGUUCUCUGACAAGGAGAAAAAUAAGCUUACUUUUGAGGUGGUGAACCUGGCAAGAAACCUUAUCUAUUUUGGUUUUUAUAACUUCAGCGACCUGCUGAGGUUGACAAAAAUCCUUCUGGCCAUCCUGGACUGUGUCCAUAUCAGCACCCCCUUCCCCAUUAAGCUGGAUAGAGAUCCUGGCAAAGGCAGUAAUGUAAUGAGGUCCAUCCACGGGGUAGGAGAGCUGAUGACUCAGGUGGUGUUGAGGGGCGGUGGGUUUUUGCCAUCUACGACUCACAACCCUCCUAACAGAGAUGAAGUUAAGACCCAAACUGAACCUCAGAAACAAGACAUACUGGUGAUGGACACCAAACUCAAGAUCAUUGAGAUCCUGCAGUUUAUUUUGAAUGUACGCCUGGACUACAGGAUCUCUUGUCUGCUAUGCAUCUUUAAGACAGAGUUUGAUGAGAGCACAUCUCAAACAGAUCCGACUAUAAACCAAGACACCCCCGCCAGUGUUCAAGGCGCACUGGACUUUGAGCACAUCGAGGAGCAGGCAGAAGGGAUUUUUGGAGGAAGUGAGGAGAAGACUCCUUUGGACCUUGAUGAUCACGGAGGCCGGACGUUUUUGAGAGUCCUUUUGCACCUGACCAUGCACGAUUAUCCUCCAUUGGUAUCACGAGCCCUACAUCUCCUCUUUCGACACUUCAGCCAAAGACAGGAGGUCUUACAGGCCUUCAAGCAGGUUCAGCUCCUGGUGACGAGUCAGGAUGUGGAAAAUUAUAAGCAGAUCAAAUCAGAUCUUGACCAGCUGAGGUCUAUAGUAGAGAAAUCAGAGCUGUGGGUGUAUAAAAGACAGGGGUCCGACUCAGGAUUGGAUGCUGGCGAGGUCACCAAUGAAGCUCACCACAAGGGUGACAAAAACUCCAGUAGAUCAGACAAACCCAAACCAGAGAGCACCAGCAGCACAAACUACAGAGUUGUGAAGGAGAUCUUGCUAAGGCUCAGUAAACUGUGUGUCUUGGAGGGAAUCUCAGGGAAGAAGAACAAGAAACAACAGCAGCGGCUCCUCAGGAACAUGGGAGCGCACAGUGUCGUUUUGGAACUGCUGCAGAUCCCGUACGAGAAGGGGGAAGAUGUUCAGAUGCAGGAGAUAAUGACUUUAGCCCAUCAGUUCCUGCAGAACUUCUGUGCCGGAAACCAGCAGAACCAAACUCUGCUCCACAAACACAUUAACCUGUUCCUCAACCCUGGGAUUCUGGAGGCAGUGACCAUGCAGCACAUCUUUAUGAAUAAUUUCCAGCUGUGCAGUGAGAUUAAUGAACGUGUGGUGCAACACUUUGUGCACUGCAUCGAGACGCACGGACGCAGCGUCCACUACCUAAAGUUCCUGCAGACCAUUGUAAAGGCUGAGAAUAAAUUCAUCAAGAAAUGUCAAGACAUUGUCAUGGCUGAGCUUGUGACGGCAGGCGAGGAUGUGCUUGUGUUUUAUAAUGAUCGAGCAUCUUUUCAGUCAUUGGUUGUAAUGAUGCGCCUUGAGAGGGAACGGCUUGAUGAAAACAGUGCACUCAGGUAUCACAUCCACUUGGUGGAGCUGCUCGCUGUUUGCACUGAAGGAAAAAACGUCUAUACUGAGAUCAAGUGUAACUCUCUGCUUCCUCUUGAUGAUAUUGUACGUGUGGUCACGCAUGAAGACUGCAUCCCUGAGGUGAAGGUGGCCUAUGUGAACUUUCUGAACCAUUGCUAUGUGGAUACAGAGGUUGAAAUGAAGGAAAUCUACACCAGCAAUCACAUGUGGAAACUCUUUGAUGAUUUCCUGGUCGACAUCUGCAGAGUUUGCAAUAACACAAGCGACCGUAAGCACGCAGACACUGUCCUGGAGCGCUACGUUACGGAAACCAUUAUGAGCAUCGUGACAACGUUUUUCAGCUCACCAUUCUCAGAUCAGAGCACAAGCUUGCAGACCCGUCAGCCAGUGUUUGUGCAGCUGCUACAGGGAGUGUUUCGUGUGUAUCACUGCAACUGGCUGUUCCCGAGUCAGAAGGGAAACGUGGAGGCCUGCAUCAAAGUACUGAGCGACGUGGCUAAAGGCAGGGCUAUAGCUAUUCCGGUGGAUCUUGACUGUCAGGUGAAUAAUUUGUUCAUGAAGUCCAACAACAUAGUGCAAAAAACAGCCCUCAGUUGGAGACUUACAGUCCGCAAUGCUACACGAAGAGAUUCUGUUGUGAGCACCUCCAGAGACUAUCGAAACAUCAUCGAAAGACUCCAGGAUAUAGUUUCUGCUCUGGAGGAACGCUUAAGGCCUUUGGUGCAGGCUGAGCUGUCUGUACUGGUGGAUGUUCUCCAUCGUCCAGAACUGCUGUUCCCCGAGCACACCGAAGCUCAUCGCAAAUGUGAGAGCGGAGGAUUCAUCUGCAAGUUGAUCAAGCAUACCAAGCAACUGCUGGAAGAGAAUGAAGAGAGGCUUUGUAUUAAAGUCCUACAGACACUGAGAGAGAUGAUGACCAAAAACAGAGGAUACGGGGAGAAGCUCAUGGGAUUUGAUGAUGAGAUGGAUGUCACGGAGGUGGUGGAUGUCAGUCUGCCACCCAAACAGCUGGAGGAUCGAAGGAGGGGUGAAGCGCUGCGGCAGCUGCUUGUCAAUCGUUACUAUGGCUUUAGAAGUGGUGGACGGAGAGAGAGUCUGACUUCCUUCAGUAACUCCGCCCUGACCAAUGUAGUAGGACCAAUAAAAACUCAGCCUGGGGGUUUGAGCAGGGCUGAAAUGUCAUUGAUGGAGGUACAGUGUCAUCUGGAUCGCGAGGGGGCGUCCGACCUGGUCAUCGAUCUCAUCAUGAAUGCCACCAGUGACCGCGUAUUUCACGAGAGCAUCCUAUUGGCCAUUGCACUGCUGGAGGGCGGGAAUACCACAAUACAGCAUUCCUUCUUCAAACGUUUAACAGAGGACAAAAAUUCAGAAAAGUUUUUUCGAGUUUUUUAUGAUCGAAUGAAAGCAGCUCAGCUGGAGAUUAAAGCCACAGUGACCGUCAACACCAGUGACUUGGGCAACAAGCGUCGUGAUGAUGACGCCCCAGACAAAGAUACCCCACAACGCCGAAAAGGUAAAGACUCAGGUGUGGUGGUGACAGACGAUGCUCGCGAGCAGCUGUUGGAGGCGUCUGCUGUGACCAAAAAGGCUUUUGGUUCAUAUCGACGAGAUGCUGAUCCUGAAGAGGCUUAUGGCACUGCUGAUGGAGACAAAGGGGGCGGGGAUAAAGGAACAGAGCAAGGGGAGAUGAGCCCUGUUAUUCUUAUCAUGCAACCAAUCUUGCGCUUCCUACAGCUACUGUGUGAGAAUCACAAUCGAGAUUUGCAGAGCUUCCUACGUUGUCAGAAUAAUAAAAACAACUAUAACCUGGUGUGUGAGACCCUUCAGUUUUUGGAUUGUAUCUGUGGAAGCACAACAGGAGGUCUUGGGCUGUUAGGCCUUUAUAUCAACCAGCAUAAUGUGGCUCUUAUUAAUCAAACUGUAGAGAGUCUCACCGAAUACUGUCAGGGACCCUGUCAUGAUAACCAGAAUUGCAUUGCCACUCAUGAAUCCAAUGGGAUAGACAUCAUUAUUGCUUUGAUUUUGAAUGAUAUUAACCCACUGGGGAGGAAAAGAAUGGACCUGGUCCUGGAACUAAAGAAUAAUGCAUCUAAGCUGCUGCUGGCCAUCAUGGAGAGUCGUCAUGAUAGUGAGAACGCAGAAAGAAUCCUGUACAACAUGAGACCAAAAGAGCUGGUGGAAGUGAUGAAAAUGGCCUACCAGCAGGGGGAGACAGAGUUUGAGGAUGACGAACAGGAAAAUGGAGAAGACCACGCCGCCUCACCCCGCAAUGUUGGACAUAACAUCUAUAUACUUGCACAUCAACUGUCUCGUCACAAUAAAGAGUUGCAAAUACUACUGAAACCAAGUGGAGAGGACCAGGCCCUGGAGUAUUACACAAAACAUACAGCACAAAUAGAGAUAGUCCGUCAGGAUCGCACUAUGGAGCAGAUUGUGUUUCCUGUACCAAACAUUUGCUCAUUUCUGACCAAUGAGUCUAAGCUGCGUGUGUAUUACGGCACAGAGAGAGAUGAGCAGGGCAGCAAGAUCAAUGAUUUCUUCCUGCACGCAGACGAUCUCUUCAAUGAGAUGAGAUGGCAAAAGAAACUGAGAGCCCAGCCAGUUCUGUACUGGUGUAGCAGGAACAUGUCGUUCUGGAGUAAUGUGUCGUUUAACCUGGCGGUUCUCAUUAACCUGUUGGUGGCGUUCUUUUAUCCUCUGGAUGCGAUGAGUGAUAGUCCACUGGAUCCCUCUCUUUCUCUGUUGCUGUGGGUGUGUUUGUUGGGUUCACUUGGUUUCGUGUUGAUGUCACCGAGGCCAAACGCAGUGAGAGUUCUGGUCAUCUCCACUGUUCUGCAGCUCGGCUUCUCCGUUGGACUGCAGCAUAUGCUCACACUCCUGGGAGCUUUUAAUGUGUGUAAUAAGAUAGUGUUCAUGCUGAGCUUUGUGGGUAACCGUGGGACGUUCACCCGUGGUUACCGGGUGAUGGUGAUGGACCGAGAGUUUCUAUUUCAUCUGCUGUAUCUUCUCAUCUGCACUCUAGGCCUUUUUGGACACGUCUUCUUUUACAGUCUUCUGUUGUUUGACCUUGUGAACAGGGAAGAAACUCUGUUGAACGUAAUCAAGAGUGUUACACGAAAUGGCCGGUCCAUUGUGCUGACAGCUGUCCUGGGUCUGAUCCUGGUCUACCUUUUCUCUAUAGUGGGAUAUAUGUUCUUUAAAGAUGACUUUAUCCUGGAAGUAAACCGUAUUUACAACAAUACUCAGGAGGAGGGAGUUAAUCUGGCUUCGAGUUUCCUGUCUGAAGGGGUCUGCAGUGCGAAUAAUGAGUCCUGUCUUUCUGUGGAUGCUGAGGAUGAUGUGGAGCGAGCUUGUGAUUCUCUGUGGAUGUGUAUGAUAACUGUAUUAAGUCAUGGUCUCAGGAGCGGUGGUGGAGUUGGAGAUGUUCUGCGUAAGCCCUCCAAAGAGGAGCGUCUGUUUGCCGCACGUGUCGUGUAUGACCUGCUGUUCUUCUUCUUGGUGAUCAUCAUCGUGUUGAAUCUGAUCUUUGGUGUCAUCAUUGACACGUUCGCUGACCUCAGAAGUGAAAAGCAGAGGAAGGAAGAGAUCCUGAAGACCACAUGCUUUAUCUGCGGUCUGGAGAGAGAUAAAUUUGAUAACAAAACAGUGACAUUUGAGGAGCACAUUAAGGAAGAGCACAACCUGUGGCACUACCUGUUUUUCAUUGUUCUGGUGAGGGUUAAGGACUCCACUGAAUACACAGGCCCUGAGAGCUAUGUUGCUCAGAUGAUCAAGGAGCAUAACCUGGACUGGUUUCCACGUAUGAGAGCCAUGUCAUUGGUCAGCAGUGAUGGCGAAGGUGAACAGAAUGAACUGCGCAGUCUGCAGGAGAAACUGGAGUCGACGAUGAGACUGGUCUCCAAUCUGACCAAUCAGCUCACGGAACUCAAAGAACAGAUGACUGAACAGAGGAAACACAAGCAGCGGAUUGGUCUGCUGGGAAACCCGGCCCACCUUAACAUCAAUCCACAACAGCCAGCAUGAAGGACGGGCCCAUAAGGACAGUCUGACAGGAGAGCACCAAGCAUGUGUGUGUCCAUUUACAUUGCAAGCUGAUACCAUCACAGCCCUAAAAAUGGGGUGCUUGCUUGUAUCAUCUUAGCUUGUCAUGAGGCACACAGCAGAAAGUGUAACACCAAUGUGCUCUGAUGCAGGGCUCCAGACUAACUUUUUUACUAGGAGCACAGUGGCCCCCAACUGAAAAUUUUAGGGGCGCAACCAAAAUAUUUAGGGGCACACACCGUAAAUCAGCAUGCUAACCAAAUUAUCACAUUUCUACAAAUUUCCACUGUAUAACUAAUACGUACUUUGAUGAUAGAUGCAGAAAGUACAAUGUGCUGUUUCAAAUUGUCACAUCAGAAAAAAAGGUCAAAUUUACUGGUCGCACAUGUGCGACUGAAUGUAAAAUUCAGUGGCACACUCUCAAAUUUUGGUGGCAAAAUGCCACCAUUUGGUGGCAGUCUGGAGCCCUGUGAUGAUGUUGACUUUGGCCAGUAACCAUCUGUCUGUUUGACCAAUGGCAGACAGAGCGCGUUCUGUUUGGAAAGAAAAUUACACUUUACCUUUUUUUGCAUCAGUUUGGACUGUCACUUAAAGACAAUUGAGCCUCUUUUCUGUUUGGGGUGCUAUAUGCGACUCUGCCUGUGAAAACCAAGCUAAAGUCAUUUUUUGGGUGAUUUACUGUUUUCUACAUAAAAUCAUCCUAUAUAAAGGAUAUUCUGUGAAAAGAUAACUUUGAUAUAUCUAAUAUUGAUCUUGAAAUCAGCAAAUAAUUUUGAUUAUGAGUCUUCAGUCUGGAUCUCUCAGACAGGGUGACAUAUUAAUUAGAUUUUAAGGCACUGACAUAUCACUUUAAGAUAACAUUGCACUGUGUACGGAUUUCUUCACGUGAGCAUACUUCUGAAGGUUUGUCAAAAAUAUCCUUGUAAUUCACAUUCCUAUCAUAAUGGACUUUUUGAGGAUUUUAUAUCGUGUGAAAUUUAUAUAUUUUUGUGUGUAUAUUUAUUUUCAUAUGCAGAUGUCUUUAUUUCAAGACUUUCUAUUAUUGGCAUCAAUGCAGAAUAACAUGUUGGCCGUGUCAAGCCAACAUAAUAAUAAAACCUACCUACACAUAAAAAAGGUUGAUGUUUAUAUGUUAUUUAACUUUAUUACACGGCUCUCUGGAAUGCUUGAUUCUGAUUGGUCAGUUGAGACAUUUGCAGGUUCGUUCUUUUCGAAUAAUAACCGCUCCAAAAUAAUAACGCAUAGCCGGUACUACUUUUACGAGUAAGAUCGCUCCGCGGCAAUAAAGAUUACUGUUUGUUUGGCGCCAUCUUGUGACAAACACUGGACAACCACGACAAGACACAGAGAGCUUACUGAGACUGAACUUGACAAAAUAGAGCAUGACAGCUAAAAAGCCAACACACAAAAAAAUACAGAAUGGGCAUUAAAACUUCUCAAAGACUGGCUAAAAGAGAAAAAAAUGGAGACAGACAAGUAUGAAGCAGAGGAUCUUAAUAAGGUAUUACGAUCAUUUUAUGCAUCUGUGCAAAGUUUCGCGGAAGGAUAAAAAUUUUAAUUUAAAACAAAUAU